AAUAUCACAAUUCCGAUAAUCCAUUUUGCGUUUUAUAAUCGCAUGUUAAUAACUCCUAGCAGUUAAUCAAAAGGGUCGUGUGCUCCAGUAGAUUUCGAAGAGCCAGUAAGUUCAUUUAACAACCACCAACCAUGGCGUUACAAACCCAAAUGCUUUAUCUCUACCCUCAACAAAACUCCAAACUCCACAAAACCGAUUUAUACGACAUCGUAAACGACGAUGUACCGACGCCGGUGCUCAGAAGAGGCCAGAAAUUCACUGUAGCAGUCAGAUUUGCCAGGACCUUCGAUAGAAACCAGGACGUAGUGAGAAUAAUCUUCAAUUAUGGUCCUAACCCGCAUCCGAUCAAAGGAACAAGCGGUGUUGUUCACGUCGAUCCCGCCAGAAGACAUGCUAUUGAUGACAAACAAAGCCUCUGGUUCGGAAAUGUCCUCGACAGUCGCGGCGACUCUCUCACCUUGGAGAUAUUCGCACCGGUGAAUAUACCAGUUGGAUUGUGGGCAGUGCAAGUAGAAACGAGUCUAACGAAUUCCAGGUCGGACAUUAGCUUGUUCAACUACGAUGGUGACCUGUACUUCGUCUGUAACCCAUGGAACUGCCAUGAUAUGGUGUACAUGCCGCAAACGAGACUCCUAGAUGAGUACGUCCUGAACGAAACCGGUAAGAUUUGGGUGGGUCCAAUGGGAACCACCAAAGGUAGAGAAUGGAUUUUCGGACAAUUCGACACGUGCGUGUUGCCCGCCAUCCAACUUAUGCUGGACAAUUCCGGACUGUCGCACGCCAGUCGCGGCGAUCCCAUCAAACUGACCAGGAUGAUCUCGAAGAUGGUGAACAGCAACGACGACGACGGCAUUUUGGUGGGAAGAUGGGACGGGCAGUACGAGGACGGCACCGCGCCCGCCGCUUGGACCGGCUCCGUGCCCAUUUUGCAGGAUUUCCUCGACACUCAAAACCCCGUCUCCUACGGGCAAUGCUGGGUGUUCUCCGGCGUCGUCACUACGAUCUGUCGUGCUUUGGGCAUUCCAUCGAGAGUGGUAUCGAACCUGGUGUCAGCCCACGACGCCAAUUCCACUCUCACCGUCGACAAAUACUUCGACGAAAACAACGAGGAAAUGCCCUUCGAUCCCAACAACCUCGAGGGCGAGGACUCCGUUUGGAACUAUCACGUCUGGAACGACGUCUACAUGGCCAGGCCGGAUCUUCCUCCUGGCUACGGUGGUUGGCAAGCCAUCGAUGCCACUCCGCAGGAGACCUCGCACGGGUUCUUCCAAUGCGGCCCGGCCUCCGUAGAGGCCAUCAAAAAAGGCCAGGUCGGCUUCAAUUACGACGUCGGUUUUAUGGUGGCUUCGGUGAACGCGGAUCUGAUGCGAUGGAAGGAAGACAAGUCCAACGUACUCGGUUAUCAAAGAAUCUACUGCAACAAAUACCACAUUGGUCGCAUGAUCCUGACGAAGCAGCCUUUCAUGUACGAUUACAACGGCGACAAGGACCGUCAGGACAUAACCCACGAGUACAAAUCCAAGGAAGGCUCCAGGGCCGAGCGUUUGUCGCUCUGGAACGCCGUUAGAGGAACAGAAGCGGCCAAAAGGUUCUUCGACAUGGGCGAUGACACCGCGAACGACGUCGAGUUCGAUCUGCAAGAGCUGGAUCAAAUCAAGAUCGGGGAGAGCUUCAGCGUGGUGGUGAAAAUGACGAACAACAGCGACAAGACUCAUCGCAUUAAAUGCCAGCUUUCAGCCGCUACUGUUUACUACAACGGCGUCAAAGCUCACGUUGUGAGCCGCGACGAUGGGGAAUUUGAACUGAAACCAAAAAAAACCGAGGAAUUGAAGCUAGCGGUAGCCGCUAGCGAUUAUUUGGACAAACUCGUCGAGUAUUCCAACAUGAAGAUAUUCGCCAUCGCCACAGUGGCUGACACCAAGCAAACGUGGGUCGCCGAAGACGAUUUCCAAGUCAUCAAACCCAGCAUCGACAUUAAGGUCCCCAGGAACAUCGUGGCGAAGAAACCGGUCGCGAUCGGGCUGCGGUUCGUCAAUCCGCUGAAGACGACGCUGACGAAUUGCAAGUUCCACGUGUCCGGGGCCGCCCUCCUGCGCAACCAGAUCAUCGCGCACCCGAACGUGAAGCCCGGCGCCGUCGUCAGCGUGGAAACCAAGGUGGUGCCGAAGUACGUGGGCGAGCUGAAGCUGGUGGCCACGUUCCAUUCCAAAGAGCUGAUGGACAUCAGCGGUACCGCUAAGGUGGAGGCCUUCGCCGACGAGGAGUGAGUUAAUUUUUGGUUGAUAUACGAUCGAUGUAAAAUUUGGUUAAUCAAUGUGUUUUAUCUAUGA